ACAAAUUUACAUGCGUCAUAACGUCCACGGUACGACGUCCGAUAUAAUGGCUCAGACAGGAAGUACAAUAUGGUGGGGUGUACGCUCUUACACCUUAAAAGCCUUACGUGCAAUGAGAAAAAGCCAGUAGUAAAUUAAUCCUUACAAUCGGUAGUUCGACAGAACACCGGCACUUUUUUGUGGGUGCCAUUGUUAAUAAAACACCGAAGAUUGUAAUCUCUCUGAAGAAUACGGACAGAUCGUACAUCAAAAACACAUUAGGUACCAACAAUGGUCUCGUUUCACAUUUUCGACAAUUAUCUAUUAAUUGCUGUUAUCGGUUUAAACAUCAUUCUGAGCGGAGCUCAACGUUCUGAGCUUAAAUUAGUUAAUGUGGUAUUCAGACAUGGCGAUCGAACACCCGAUAACAACGGUCGCGAGAUGUUUCCGAAAGAUCCAUAUAUAAAUUAUUCCUUUUAUCCGACAGGCCUCGGACAAUUGACCGUAGAGGGCAAGAAGCAUGAAUACAGACUGGGAAAAUUUUUGCGCUCUAGAUACAAUGACUUCCUUGGAGGUUUGUACACGCCAAAAUUAGUCGUGGCUCGUAGCUCGGAUUUUGAAAGAACAAAAAUGUCGCUGCAACUUGUCCUCGCCAGCUUAUUCCCACCGAGAAAUGUACAACGAUGGAAUCCAGUUUUAAACUGGCAACCGAUCCCGGCAUCGUACACACCACGUGUCGACGAUAACAUUAUUUUAGCCGACGAGUGUCCGCAGUACCUCGAAGAAUACAACCGAAUAUUAAAUUCACCCGAUGGGCAAGCAACAAUCGGUCAAUUCAAGGACUUGAUGGGCAAUUUGACGAAGCUAACUGGCAAGAAAAUAGAAACACUAGAGGAGCUUUAUUUUCUUUAUCACACUUUCGUAGCUGAAACCUCCCUGGGAUUACCACUUCCCGAAUGGGUUUAUGAUUAUUUUCCUUAUGGACCACUGUUCGAUGGAAUUGUGGCUUCGUACAAUAUGAGUAAUUUUACUCCUUUAUUAAGAAGACUAUAUGCCGGUCCAAUGAUCCGUGCCAUGACGGACAAUAUGAUUGCUGCACAAAAUCCAACCGCUGCGCCGAACACGAAGGUUUAUUUAUACAGUGGUCACGAAACCAACAUUGCCGGUAUGUUGCACGCGUUUGGUGUGUAUAAGCCGCAUGUACCCGAGUAUUCUAGCGCAGUUAUUCUGGAAUUGCAACAGAUCGCACAAGAGUAUUAUGUAAAGCUCGUGUAUUAUCGAGGCAUCCCGCCCACUAUGAAAGAUCUUAAAAUCCCAGGUUGUGACGUAUUGUGUCCCUUCGAUAAAUAUUUGGAUCUAAUUGAAGAUUUGAUUCCGUCUGACGAGGAAAUGUUUUGUGAUAAGAGACAGACUCCGAGUUUCUCCGAUACGGAAUAUCCUGCUGGCAUGCAGUCGGCUUUGGAGAAUAUAAUUAGGAAAGUGAUGUCUUCGAGAAGCGGGGAGAACAUUCAGCGAUAAUGCGCGUGCUCCCGCGUGCCUUGUUUACUGGCUAAUAAAUGUCUAGAAAAUCGUGAAUGUUGCACUGUGCCAUGAAUAUUAUAAGAUUUUUCCAUUUUUUCCGAAAUCAUUUUCUUUCAAGUUUAUUUAUUCAUUUGUCAUUAAAUAUACACGUAAAAUGUUUACGUGACCCUGAGGCUCAUUAUUGAUAUGUAUAUGAUUCAAUAAGGCAGAUGAAGCAAAACAUCUCUCUUACUAAAUUGUAAAAGUUUAAUUUUUAAAGAAUUAGGAUUAAGCCUAAAAUUUAUGGAUCUAUUGUUCCUUUACAUCGUUUACGUCAAGUAUGUCUUUGUACAUACAUUUGUGUUCUUUUGUCUAUUUUGUUCAGAUGGUGGGAGUCACUUUAAUAUACAUGUAAGUGACGUAUUAUGCUUUUUGCAAAUUUGUGUACAGCAUAACAUAUAAAUAUAUGAAAAAUACGAAUAAAAUACAAUGAGAAAUAA